AUGUCGUUGAGCGAUCAAUUAGCACAAGUAGCUGCUAACAAUGCUACGGUUGCCUUCGAUCGCAAAAAGAGACAGAAACUACACUCGGCGUCGCUAAUUUAUAAUCCAAAAACUGCGGCUACUCAAGACUUUGAUUUCAUUCACGAAAAUGCCAUGAACUCAUUAGAAGAGCUCAUGGCUUUAGACACAAGAUUUUCGGUUUUCCAAAAGUCUUUAUUCGGAACUUCUUCGGUUGUUAUCGAUAGAAAUACCCAGACAAAGGAACAAGUGCAGGACCUGGACAACGCGGUGAACUUGUAUCUUAUGCUAAUUUCAUCUAAGUGGCACUUGGCUCCAACUCUGCAUGCGACAGAAUGGUUAGUGCGUCGUUUUCAGAUUCACGUUCACAAUGCCGAAUGCCUGCUGCUAUCCACGCUUGAUUACUACCAGAGUCCUGUGUUCAAGCGUAUUCUCAAUAUCGUGCGCCUGCCACCGUUGUUCCAUCCUCUCAGUAAUUUCGUCAGAAGCGAAAACUCUCCUUCAAGUGUCACAAUCAUAAAGCUUUUCAACGAUGCGGAUUUUUUGAAACUUUACACGCAAUACUUGAGCAAGGUCAUCAAACAACAAGUGACCUACACAAACCAACUCCUCUUCACCAGUUGUGCAUUCAUCAACCUGAUUGCCUAUAAAUCUAAUGAUAUAGAAGGAUUGGGGAAUUUGUUACCUACACUUUUAGAGAUUGCUGCCAAGCUGCUGGGCUCUGAUUCUGCCGAUUGCCAAAUAGCCGCUCAUACGAUUCUCGUUGUCUUCGGCAGUGCGCUGCCCUUAAAGAAGGAGAUCAUCCUGGCUGCUGCGGAGACCAUAUUGGCCAACCUAAAGGAUGAUAAGGCAAAAAGGUCGGCUUUCAUUUCGAUCGCUAAGCUGUUUCAAACGAUGAUGUCCAACGGAAACGUAGAUCAAAUGCCACUGUCCCUCUAUAAGCUUUUCGAUUCUAAGUUUAACUUGGAUUGUCUGGUGGAAUAUUUACGCGCCGGUGACAAAAUUUUAGCAGAUAAGUUUUUGACUGCGUACAUUCGCUCUGUUUUAAGAUACGAUCACCAAAAACUUACCGCGUUAGUGAAGUUGCUAAAGAGCAUUUCUUUGGAGGCAUUUGAAAUGAGGCAUAUAAUUGCUGAUCUAAUACACCUCUCAGAGGUGUAUGAAGAGAAGGCAGCACUCGUGGAGAUUUUCGAAUAUUUUAUAUCUAUUGACGAGGACCGUGUGGUUCAGUCGUUAAGCUCUUUGAAUUUGACUCCAGAACUGUUUGAGUUAAGGUUAGCCACGUCGCUUUUUUCAACACAAGAAGAUACUGAUACAACCUUCAACAACAUAGGCGCGUCUAAAAUAAUGGGAGCAAACUCAACCAUCGAGCCUUUCAAAGACUUCCUCAAUAAGAAUUCACAAUACAUCACCACAAAGGCCACAUCGAUUAUGGUAGAAGAGGAUGAGAGGUUUGCAAAGCUAUUAUCGCUAUUUGUUGAAGCAGUUGCUAAGAAAUUCAAGGCCGGAUUGUUUCUGUCUUCUUUCUUUACUACGGUAGAGGGGAGAUUGACGUUUCUACUUAGAGUCAUAAUAUCUCCCGCAACACCAGCCACACUUCGCAUGGAAUCCUUGGCGAAUUUCUCAAAGGCUAUCAACCAGAUAGGCCAAGACUCUAACCUAUUUAGCCUGGUUCCUAUCUUAAUUGCAGGAUUAAACGAUUCUUCUAAGAAUGUCAAAAUUGCAAUCAGGAAGGUCUUAGUGCAAAUUUCAAAGAGGCCCUUUACAAAACAUUAUUUCCUUGUCAAUAAGCUUUACGGAGAUGUUGAAAUACCUAUGGUGAAUCCAAAGGAUGCAGAAGCUUGGCUCAAGAAAUUUUUGGAUGCUUUUGUGGUUGAAAAUCAUGACAUUGCCAACUUGAUGUUCCCAAAGAAAAUGGAAAAGGUCUUCAUGGUGUUUUGGGUUAACCAAGCCAUACAUAUGCCACUGCCACAAGCCAAAGCUACUUUUAUUCGAUAUGUCACCGCACACAAACUUUACACCUCCUCCUACUCCGCUUUAUUCGAGGGCUUCCUAAAGAACUACCUCGAAGAACGCGGUAUUUGGGAAAUGAGAUGCAACGUCAACAAAUACAGCUUUGAAAAAUUUGAAACUUCUGUUGUUUCCAUGAUCGCUGCAAGAGAAAAAAAUGCGGCUGUCUUGGAAUUCGCUGAAAUUGCUUUGAAUUGUGAACAUGAGCAACUGGCUUCAUUAGUUUCUCAUCGCCUCCAGGGUAUAUUUUCGAAUCUGAAGAUCACACAGCAGCAACAAAUUGCGAAAAAAGUUGUCGAUUGUACUGCAGAACGAGAUCUUUUUUAUGAUUCUAUUGGCUUUCUCCAGUCUCUGAAAUUGUCCGCCGACGUUUUUGUCUCGCUUCUCUCUCACUAUUGUUUGAAUACUGAAGGGGAGGAGGGCGAUUUCACCAAGAAAAGAAGGAGAAGGUCAUCCACAACUAAUAAAGCCGUACUGCAAAGAGAAGAUGUUUCACAAAUUGCAGAAAUGCAUUUAAGAAAAAUUACCAUCACCUUAGAAGCGUUAGAUCAUAUCAGACCGGAAGGUUCUGAGCCAUUGCUUUCUGCCUUAUUCAAUGUUCUCUCUGAUCUAGAAACUUUAGAUCAAGAUGGUGGACUCCCUGUUCUUUAUGCUCAAGAAACCCUCUCUUCUUGCAUGAUUUUGACCAUAAACUCCAUGCCCAGCGACUCUAAGGCCAAUCUAGGUUCCUUAAGAGCCGACAUUUUGGUUUCGGCUAUAAGCGCCUCCCAAUCUCCCCAAGUACAGAAUAAACUUCUGUUGGUAAUUGGUGAAUUGGCUAAAUUGAGCCCCGAGACUGUCUUACAAUCUGUGAUGCCUGUUUUCAUUUUCAUGGGCGCUCAAACGAUUCGUCAGGAUGAUGAGUACUCUAGCUAUGUCGUAGAAAAAACGAUACAACGUGUUGUACCAGCUCUGGUGAACUCAAAGCAGUCUGAAAGUAGAGAAGAAAUCGACUUCUUGUUGAUGAGUUUCGGAACUGCUUUUGUUCAUGUUCCGAGACAUAGACGGGUAAAGCUUUUUACCACGCUUGUCCAGACUCUGGGCCCUGCAACUGCCCUCGGCCCCUUUAUGUUUUUGAUCGCUCAGCAAUAUUCUACGUUGGUGAACAGGUUUAAGGUGGCCGAGAGCAAGGGAGUGCUUGAGUUCAUGAGAGUUUUUCUCAGCAAGUUCAACGUGCUAGAACAGUUGAAAGGGAUCCAAAGUUAUUUUUCAUUGAUCGACACUUUGGCUGAAGGUUACUCGGAAGAGGUUUUAGCUCAGCUCUCAGCACGGACUUUAUUCUCUAAUGGCGUAUUAAACUUUUCAGCAUCCGAAACUUUGGCUCUAAAAAACAACGGAUUGUCAUUACUCAACAAAGUUAUACACGAUGAGACUGAUUACCAGACCUCUGGGAGCCUGAAAGUUAGAGUCGUGGGCGCCCUAUGGGACAGCGCUAACGACAAGCAACUUCGCGAUGAGGUAAAAGCUAGGUUUGGUGAUGUUUUGAAGUGUACUCUACACUCGUUGGAUGUCGUGGAUUCUGCCCUCAAGGUUGCUUUUAAAAGUGAUGGGUCAUUUUCAAAUGGUGAACUUGAGGAGGAGCGUUCUUCCAUCCGCAAAAACCUAUACCAACUACUGGGCCAUGUGCUGGACCUGUUACCUAUUAAAGAAUUUACUUCGGCCACGCUCCCCCUCAUUUCGGCAGAUGACGGCAACGAGGCAACAAAGCGCCAUUUGAUCUUGGUACUGUCCUCAAAAUUCGAGGUCGAGCCAACCGAAUCUGCUCCUUAUGCCAGCAAUGUCAUCAAUGCACUUUUGUCACUAGCUGAGCCAGAAAUCAAGCGCGAUGACAUCGUCCAAGUCUCUUUGAAUACCGUGAGCACUUUGAUCUCCAAGUUUGGCGAGAAGCUGGACUCUGGCCUCAUCACAAAAUCUAUGAAUGCUGCUUGUAGAUUACUUCUAUCUCAAAAGAUGGAAAUCGAAAUUUCAUCGUUAGCAGUCCUCACAAGUGCUGUGCAGGUGCUAGGCGUUAAAUCAAUUGCUUUCUAUCCGAAGAUCAUGGCACCUUCAUUGCAAAUUUUUAAGGCGUUAGAAAACAGUGAAGCAGAGGUAAAGGCGCAAUUGCAACUAUCAAUUGUUUUGGUUUUUGCAGCCAUGAUAAAGCGUAUACCGGCAUUUUUGUUAUCAAAUCUAGUCGAUGUCUUCAGAGUCAUUUUGUUUGCAGAUGAGGUUCAAGAUUCUAUUCGCCUUUCUGUGAUAUCGUUAGUGGCCCAACACAUUGACUUGAGAGAAAUAAUGAGAGCACUCCACAAGGUUUGGGUUUCUGAUGUUAGUGCUACUAGCGAUUCUGUGGCCAUAUCCCUAUUUUUGAGUGCACUAGAGUCCACGGUCGAGGCUAUCGACAAGAAAGUGGCCACUGCCGAAUCUCCUGUGUUUUUCCGCCUUCUGCUGUCUUUGUUUGAAUAUAGGGCUACUAGCGAAUUUGACCAUAAUACGAUCAGUCGCAUAGAGGCGUCCGUUCAUGGUGUCGCCAAUGCGUACGUUCUGAAAUUGAACGACAAAGUGUUCAGACCUCUGUUCGCACUUGUGGUUAGAUGGGCAUUUGACGGUGAGGGUGUUAUCAACAAUGCGAUGACGAAAGUUGAAAGACUUACUGCCUUCUUCAAGUUUUUCAACCGACUACAGGACAACCUGAAGGCUAUCCUCACCACUUAUUUCACUUAUCUUCUAGACCCUUCCAUUGAGCUGCUGAAGGCUUUCAGCCAGGGUGAAAUUGCCCACCCUAACCUGCGCCGCUUGGUACUCCAUUCCUUAACUUCAUGUUUUAAGUACGACAGGGAGGAGUAUUGGAAAUCCACCUCUCGUUUUGAGCUGGCGUCUGAGGCGCUCAUUGCCCAGUUGAAAACCAUCGAAGAUCCUGUUGGACGUUACUUGGUCAAGGCCAUCAGUUCUUUGGCGAUGAAUAAUGCUGGCGCUGAUGACCAUAAUAAGGCUAUGAACACAUUGCUGAUAUCGCAUAUGAAACCAAGUUGCUCUAGUUCGGAGAAACUAUGGGCCGUUAGAACAGUCAAGGCCAUAUACUCCAAGGUGGGUGAGGGUUGGCUCACUCUUUUACCGCAGUUGGUGCCCAUUAUUGCCGAGCUACUCGAGGACGACGAUGAUGACGUCGAAUACGAAGUACGGACGGGUUUGGUGAAGGUUGUUGAAAACGUUCUUGGUGAACCAUUUGACAGAUAUUUAGAUUGA